GACGAGCAACAUCGGGUUCUUGCAACUGGUUGUAGUAACCAUCCAUUGUCUUCACUUGCUGUUUAGCUUCCUCGUCCAAUGCCAGUAUAUCUCCAGAUGCAGCCUUAUCACUACCAUUCACAGCUUCUUCUUCCUUUCUUGGGCGUUUCCUAGUGUUGUCGUUACCAACAUUUUCGAAUUCGAAACCAGAAGGAGCAGAGUCCAUGUCCUGAAAUAGACCAAGGAGAUGGGAACACUCGUCGUCUUGUAGACAUUUAUAAAAAUGGUUUCUUUGGCUGCGAGAAGAGAAGAAGAUGCAGAGACGAAGGAAGCGCGUUAAGGUGUGAACGCGGUGAGGGAGACUGGUUUGAUGGUGACUUUGACUAUCCUUUUUAAUUAUUUUAUUAUUAUUUUGUGUUCUAUUUUGUUUUAGACAAAGCGUUUACUCGUCACUGGUUCAUCGAGAGAUUGCACCGAGUAAAACUUGUUUGAUUAAUAUCAUAAACUGACAAAAAGAAGAACAUGUUUUGAUAAAGCGCUAACUAUCGAGGGAUCUCUCUCCUCUUUCCUAGUAGUGAGAGAAUUUUUUCUCCAUUCUUCUUCCUCUCUUAACAAUAAAAUAUCUUUCAAAGAGGUGAGAGCUUGUCUGAGAUGGAGAGAGAUGGACGUUUUACUUACGGUUUCGGUUCAUCCGACUCCAGCGUUCUCGCCUUCUCCAGGCAAAGGAUGACUGAUUUUUGUCUCCGCAUUGCUUAUAUAUUCAGCAAUCGUGUUUUCCCGCUGCCAUCAAUCUACGCUUCUUCUGACCUUUUCUGUUCAAUCGUCUCUCUUUUUUCUCUUUGUCGAAUUGUUUCUCUCUCUUUCCAAGUUUUUCAUCUUCGAGUUUACAUCUAUCAUAAAAAAUAACAGUUUGGACGAAGGAAAACCGGCGAUGAAUAAAUCGAUUGUAGAUGAUUAUCUUUUUUCUCUGAAGCGUAAAUCCGGUGGACAAUUGGAUUUCUUUGAAGCUUGUUCUGGAUGAGCAACUGUUUCAUCGAUCUCUGCUAACGGUGGAGCCUCCUUGCUUUUGGUGGACGAAAGUGGACCAUCAUUUUGACACAUGUACAUGAAUCGCCGGACGAGCAGUGGGUGACGCGUCCCUCUCUCCUCGACGGUUUAUCUCUAUGGACUGACGACCUAUAGUUAUUUUCCUUAAGUUGGCCCAAAUGUUUUGGUCCAUAGUUUUUUCUUCGUGUUGGCUCGUUUGUUGUUUCGGCCUUUGUGUACGUAAAAUUGUUAGGCUUAACAUGUUGGAUUUAGAUAAAAAAAAAUAAAGCGUUAACUAUCAGAUUCUUUAUGCAUAGUUAAUGCACAACAAUGAAAUAUAACAAUAAUAAAUUUGGAAUGCUGUAAGAUAUUAUGAAAGGUCUACUGGUCCUUUUGACAAUAAUAUUUAUAGUAUUAAUAUCUCUGUAAUAUUAUUUGAUAAAUCAAAAAUAUUUUUAAUAAAAUAAAUAUAUUAUAUGUAAUUACCAUUAUUAAAAAAAACUAGUUUCCUUUUUUUUUCCUUAAAAUUUAAAUUCAAUUUAUAAUUUAAGCUUCCUUUUUAUUUAUAAUUAUAAACAUAAAUAUUUUCAACAUAUGUCUGUUUUCAUUAAAAAGAAAAAUUUACAAAAAUAAAAUUUAUACAUAAAUAUAAAAAAUUUACUAAAUGACUAUAUUAAAUUUCUUCAACCAUAUACAUGGAAAAUAUGAAUAUCCAAACAAAUCAAUUAUUUUUAUAUUUUGGUUAGAUAAUAUUUUGUGCAUUUCAUCAUCAAAAUUAUAUAAUAAUUUUAUUUAAUAAAAAUUACAAGUAAAAGUCUAAUUAUUUUAAAAUAUUUGUAUCCAUGUGUGAAUUUUUAAAUGUUAUCGGUUCAUUUCUUUUAUCAAUUUAGUUUUUCAUAUUUUUCUCUAAGACCAAAGGUAUCAAAUUAUAAAAAAUAUACAAAAAUAGAUUUACACAUCUAGAAUGAUGAACCUAAGUAAAUGUAGUGAGACUAUUUGACAUUAGCGUAAUUAAAGUCAAAAGUACUUUUUCAAUUUGAAAGAAAAUUGGUAAUUUGUUGAUUUUAAUAUUAAGUUUGUAACUUUUAGUUUUUAUUACAUAAAGAUAUUGGUUGAAUAUUGCGUCCUUGUUUGAUUAAGACCUCUGCUCCCAAGUCGAAUAUAAUGUACAGUGUUAUGAAAGUAAUGUCCGAGUCGAAGGAUUAAUUUGAUUUCAAAGUAUUAAGCUUUAUUUUGCAUUAUUCAAAGAUUUACGCGGUAAGGAAACAAUGGUUGGUGUAAUCUUGUACUCUUCUAUGCAUUUGACAAUUUUUUGGGAAUAUUCGUAAUAUUGCGUUAGUCAUAUAAAAAUAUUUGAAGUAGACUGCUUUAGGAAAUAACACGUUUCUAAAAAGGACAAGAAGUUUCUUGGAAGUGGCAAACUGGUAAAUUUAAGAUAGAACGCGAUGACGAUGGUAGGGUCUCGAGAGAAAGAUGGAUUCAUGGACCAACACGUGCUCUCCUAAGCUGAGAUAUACCCACAGUAUGAUUAUUUAUUUACUUUCUAUUAACAACAAAACGAAAUUAGGUAUAAUUUAGGUUAAUCAGGCAUCGUUUACCCAUAUAUGCGUAUUUUGUUUAACUUUAUUACUCUUAUUAUAACUAGCUUUAUGAAACGGUAUUAUUUUUAUUUUGGACGGCACUGACAUUAUCAGUAGUUUGAGUUUAGAGCAACGUAUAAAUAUUGAUUCGGUGACUUUGGGUUAGAGCGAGUCCCCCUUUUUGUCUAUAACAAAUGACACGUUGACCGCAAGCCGUUGACUUAUCCACCAGAUCUGUAUUUGUAUUUGUUGGUUUAAAAAAGGGAAAAUCGCAUUUUAAACUCUGAGAAUAUCAUAUUUUUGCACUUUAAACACCAAAUGUUUUUGACUAGAAUUUUAAACCUUAAAAGUGACAUUUUUAUCAUAACAAACCUCCAAGUCAAUUAGAUGAUUUGUACUGUUCAUUUUGUGAUGACGUGUUGGUUUUUUAUUUUAAAUAAAAAAUAAAAUACAUAGAAAAUUUGAAAAAAUUGAAAAAAUCGAAAAAAAUCUAAAAUUUCAAAAAAAAAUAUAAAAAAUAACAUUUCAAAAUUUAAAAUAAAAAAAAUAUUUUUAAAAAUUAAUCCAAUUAUAAACCAAUAAGUAUAUAUAAUAUAAUAACUUGAAAGCUGAUUCUAGAUUUUGGUUUUUGAUUUUUUUUAAUUUUUUUGAUUUAUUAAUUCUUAACUUGUUAAAUUUUCAAAAUUAAUCGUAUUAUUGGUAUUAUUUAUUAAAAUGAUAUUUAUUUAGUAAUUUUAAGUUUGCUUAAAAAGAAAUUAACUUAUAAGUGAAGUUCUUAAAAAUAGUAAAUAACUUUGAAAUUAAAUAAAUAACUAAUCAAAAUUUAGAGAAACUAAAAUAUAUGUUACUUAUCUAAGAAGCUCCACUCAUACCAAAACCCAACAUAUACAAAUCUAAAGACAUACCUCUCUAUCUCUUAAUUAUAUUUCAAACUAACUUACAAUAUUUCAUUUAAGGUCAAAAACAUUUUAAGUGGUCUAUGAGAUAUUUUCAUGUUUCACAAAAAUUUAACAAGUUAAGUAUUAAUAAAUCAAAAAUUAAAAAAAAAAAUCAAAAAAAAAAACAGAAUCUAGUAUCACCAUUCAAGUUAUUAUAUUAUAUAUAUUUAUUAGUUUAUAAUUGGAUUAUUUUUUAAAAAAUAUUUUAUUUUAUUUUAUUUUUAAUUUUUAAAUGUUAUUUUUAUAUUUUUUGAAUUUUUUUAAAAAAUUGAUUUUUUCGAUUUUUUCGAUAUAUUUUUUUUAAGAGAAAAAAGAAAAAAACCGACAUGUCAUCAUAAAAUGAACAGUACAUGUCACUUCGUUGAUUUGGUAAACAAGUAAACCUCAUUGUAGGUUUGUUAUGAUAAAAAUAUCACUUUCAAGGUUUAAAGUACUUGUAAAAAACGUUAAGUGUUUAAAGUGCGAAAAUGUGACAUUUUCAGAAUUUAAAAUGCGAUUUUCCCGUUUAAAAAAUGUUAAAUGUCAAAUGUUGAAAAGGUAGAAACAAUGUCAUUUUUCCAUUGUAGUCGCCAAUUGUUUUUUUCUUUUCUUUGUCUACCUAGCUUCUCCUUUCUUGUUGAUACUUGAUAUCAUAUAUGAUGUCAUAAUCUUCCUUUUACUUCGAGUUUUCUCUAAAAUGACAAAAAAGUUUGAUCAUAUGGUAUCAACUCGAAUGAAUAUAGUGCUAUUCCACCGACUACAACUCGUUCAAUAUUGGAGUUAAGCAAAAUGAGGAAAUCUACAACUUGAAUAAAAUGAGUUAUUUGUUGGGACUUUUUUGCUAGAAUUCUUUUUGUUUGUCUUUUUUUAUUAAAGUUUAUCUGAUGACAAAGCAUAUUAAAAAUUCAUGCGUAAAUAUCAAGAAAGAAUGUAUAUUAAUUCAUAUUCAAGAAAGUAGCGGAUAACGUUUGUUAGAGGAGAAACAUAUUCAUCAGUUUAGCAUGCAUUCCUUUCUUGUUAUUUGCUUAUGAUCAAGAAUAUUUUGCCUGUUGCGGAGUUAAUGUAGAAAUAUUAAGAUCAAUAUAAGUUAGUAUAAAUACAUCGAUCAGCGUGCUCAACAUUAUCACAAACGUUAUCACCAUGAUUAGAAUAAAACUACCAACUCACAAACACCCUUUAUACCCUACGCCUUGGGUUCGCAGUUGCAAUGGUUGCUAUAGAGAAAGUGGUUACGUCAAAGAUGGCUACCGUUGCUACGAAUGUACAAUCUUUUUUCACAAAGAAUGUGCAGAGUCAUCUUUAAAGAUCAACUACCCAUCUCAUCCUGAACACCCUCUCCACCUCGUUAUCAUGGAGAAGCAAUAUGAGAGUAAAACCUGUAAGUUGUGUGGACAGAAAUUGUAUAAUAUGUUUUAUCAUUGUCCUAUAUGUGAAUUUGUUGUUGAUACGGCAUGUAUCAAAAAUCCACCACCAGAUGUUAUUGAACAUCCCAAAGCCCAUGAACACUCUCUUGUCCACCUGAACAACGUUAACUAUGGCACAUGUGACUUUUGCAAAUUAUUUUGUACUAGAUAUCUUUACAAAUGUUCUCAGUGUCAACUGAAAUUCCACUUUGAAUGUUCUAACCUUCCUCUAGAUAUAACUCAUACUUUUCACCCUAAACACCCUCUUAAGUACUGCCUUACAAGUGAAGAACAUCAUUUCUCUGAUGGGAAAUGUCGUAUAUGUGGAGACGUAUUAUGGCGAAGAUUUUAUCAUUGUUCAAUCUGUAAAUUUAGUGUGGAUGUUGCUUGUGUAAAGAAUCCUCCACCGCUUACAAUCCUAUUUUCUAAGGCUCAUGACCAUCAAAUCAGUCUUAUGCCAAGGAUUGUCUCUUUCAACUGUGAUGCUUGUGGGUUGGCUGGUGAUCGAAGUCCUUAUUCAUGUCAACAAUGUGAUUUCAUGAUCCAUCAAAGUUGUAUUGACUUACCAGAGAUCAUAAACAUUAAUCGUCACGAUCAUCGUCUUUCUAGGCGUCCACAUCUUAAUCCCGGGAGUUGGGUAUGCGGAAUAUGCCACAAAAAGGUUGAUUGGUCAUAUGGGGCAUAUUCUUGCUCGAUUUGUCCUAAUUAUGCCAUUCAUUCUAACUGUGCAAUACGAGAUGAUGUCUGGGACAAGUUAGAACUCAAAGGGAUACCUGAAGAAUUUCAAGAAAUCAAACCAUUUAAGGUGAUAGAUGAAAACCUAAUACAUCAUUUUAGUCACGAGGAACACUAUCUGCAGCUCAACAAGGAAAACAUCACAUGCGGUGGAAACAUUCGUUGUGAAGCUUGUGUCUCACCUAUAACUUAUCAAGCAUUCUACAGUUGUGUGCAAUGCGAUUUCAUUCUCCACAACACAUGUGCUAAUCUUCCUAGGAAGAAACGGCAUAUCUAUCGUGAUAAGCCAUUAACUUUAGUAGAUGACAUGACGCAGUUUAAGUGUUCGAUGUGUUCUAACCUUUCCAGUGGCUUUAGGUAUAUUACUAAAUAUGUCAAGAUAGAUGUAAAAUGUGCUGCACUUUCUGAACCUAUCGUCCACGAAAGUCAUGGGUGUCCCUUGUACUACAUUUACGGGAAUGGAAAGACAUGUGCUGCUUGCGGAAUUAGGAGUUAUUCAACAAUAUUUUACUGUGAUGACUGUAAAUUUGGGCUAGAUCCCAAGUGUGUUGUUUUGCCGAAAACAACAAAACAUUGGUAUGACGAACAUCCACUCUCUUUAUGUUACAGAGUCAAUAUAAAAGGAGAGUAUUGGUGUGAUAUAUGCGAGGAAAGUGUAGAAAAAUAUUGGUUCUACAAAUGUGACGAUUGUUGUAUUGCUUUUCAUACCAAGUGUGUUCUCGGCGAAUUCUCACUUCUCAUGCCUGGACGACGCAUAACCACUUAUUAUGAUGAACUGAUAAUUGAAGUGAUGCAAACCAGUCCUCGUUUCUCACCACGUUGCUAUUAUUGUCGCUCUCGACGUGCAGUUCCUUUUGUUCUAAAAGUUUUUUAUCCAAAAGAAAAUAUAUUCAUCUGUUCUUUAAAGUGUUUUUAUGUCCACUUAGAUUUAUGCAAAGACCUGUAAUAAGAAGAAAAAACGUGGUCAAGAAAGACCCAAGCGGAUGUAAACUUCAUUUUUUUUUUCAUUUACUUACUUUUAAUUUGUGCAUUGAUGAUAAAGACUUUUAUCCGCAUGUUUUUUAAAUAUAAUUUUCAUAA